AUGGGAGUCUUUGUACAAAUUGAAAUUAUUCUUGGUCAACCUAUUGAUGAUCGUAUUAUAUCAAUAUUAUUCAUAUAUAGAAUAAAUCGUAAUUUACUUGAAUUACCAUUUCAACAAGAAGAUCUUUUUCAAACAUUUCAACCACGUUUACAUCAAAAUAACAAUGUGAACAUAUCUUUAUUAUCAAAUAAAGUUGAUAAUGAGAUUAAACCAUAUGGGCAAUAA